AUGGACGAUCCCAUGACUUAUGCUGCGGUUAUCAUCCAGCCCAGUAUCUUCUCCUUAAGAGCAAGAGGUCGUGUGUUUCUCAUCAGAUCAAUGGCAGAUUAUCUUCAAAUGGAUCCCUUGUUGCUAACACUGAGUCGCUACAGGGAUACAGCAGAUCUCGGCCUGAACAACAUCCGGCUUGUGGCUUCUGAAAUCUCCGAGCGGAAUUUUACAAACCAGGAAGCUACAGAAAUCUAUUGGCCUGUAAGCUGUGGAAGAUUCGAGAUGUUGCGGGAACUCAUUCAGGUUCUGAAUCACAAUGUUAUCGCAGGUCGCUUUUCACAAUAUUUGGGCUACCACAUUUCAGGCUGGAGAAUAUUCAGAAAGGGAGGAGAGAAAAUCAUGUUGAACAGAAGACACCGUCGUCAAGUUAUAAUGGUUUCGCCAACGCCUGUGAUGACCCCACCCAAACCAACACAUUUCAGUAGACUUGCCUCCACUGUAGCAACUCAAGACUUGUCGGAAAAGUUCAUGUCGAACACUGACUUCUUCCCACGACUUGAUUAUGUCACUAAGAGCAGUUCAGCUCAACCUAACAAUUCUCCGACUGUACUCAAACCAAUCGAUUUGAUCUCGGCAACAGUGGGGCAAAUGUUUGAAUAUUCAAUCCCUGCAGAUACAUUUUUUGAUCGAGAAGAUGGACAUACAAGAAACUUAUCGUUGAAAAUAGCUUCAACUGAUGGCUCCCCUUCAGGGAGAGAGUCGUGGCUGCAACUCAAUCAAUCUCUAAACGUGCUGUUUGGGUAUCCGUUGGAGUCAGACUUUCAAUAUUCCCCACAGCAGCUCGUGCUCACGGCUGCUGAUUCAGCAGGACUGGUCGCUCGAGAAACCUUCGUCAUUGAAAUCCAACUGUCACGUGAUGCACCCUGUCACUUGUACACCCUCCGAACCAAAAACAGUUACCACUCUUUCCUGAAAGACAGAGGGAGAAUUAUCCACUUUCUUGAAAAACUUGCCAAAUAUUUUAAUGACUCCAAUAGCAAAUACAUUUCCCUCUUUGACAUCAAACCAGGUUCCACGCUUGUAUUGUGGUAUAACAACUCCUUAUGUUCAGCUACCGGUGUCUCAGAUCCCUGCCCCAUUAAUACUAUUGAAAAUUUAUUUGCGUUCAUGCGGUUACCAGAUGACACUGUUCGUCCCUCCUUUGUUGAAACGAUGUUACCAGAAUACAGAAUUCAAAGAGUUAAGAAUAUCACUUACAGAGGAGUCUGUUUACCCAUUAUAAUACCCACAACACACAUCAAUAUAAUCCAACCCAACAGUACUUACUGGUUACCAAACACUUGGCCGUCCCUUCUCAUCGCUUUGAUUCUCAUUCUUCUAAUUGCCUUAUUGGUCAUAAUUUACUACUUCUGUAGGAACUCAGAGAAGAUUCUGCCAUCGGAGGUGUUGAAUUUUCAGGAAAACCAACCGAUUCCACAAACUCACUUAGAACUGGACAGACUUAGGUCCAGAAAGCCUCCCAUGCUUAUUCCUGAGGUGUCGCCUUCCUCACAACGAUGGGUAAAGUUACCCCAUCCUCCUCCAUAUCCAUCACACCCAACAUUUAAUAAUACAAUUGAUCACAACAGCCGUGUGACUCAUUUACAUUUUAAGCCACCAAAAUAUCAACUGCCUCCUCUUUUUGAACUACAUUCCCCAAGAAACACCACAAAACAUUCAAAGAAUGUCUAUUCAUAACAUCUUGAAUAUUAUCCUUGAAA